GACCUUUCCUCUCCCCCCCCCCCCUCUCUCUCUCUCUACGCCCGCUAUUUAACUGGACCUUUUCCUUACGCAACCUCGCGUGCCUUCCGCUACUCAACCCUAUCUCCGACUCGAUCUCCAAUCUUUCUCUCUCUUCUCCGUCUCUGUUCCUGCAGCAGCAGAGCAUCGGAGAAGGGAGGAGGGUGGAAAGAGCCUCGCCCACGCAUGAGACUCGCCUCGCUCGGACGGGAACCAGAAGGAGAAGCAGCAGAUCGAGAGAAUGUCUAACGUGCCCUCCUCCCUGUCGGAAGUCUGCCUCACCCUCUUCCGCCUCGCCAUGUCCGUCGCCCUCCGCCUGAAACCCCCCACAUCGUAACGGGAACACGCGCUUACUCUCUGUCUCUGUCUCUGUUCGUUCCUCUUCCUCUCUCUCUUUCCUGUUCGAGUCCUGUGCCUUCCGAUGAGGACGCUCAAGCUCAGAUUCAGGGGCAUCAAGCUCAAGAAGCGCCUCUGCCGGGCCACCCGGUGGAUCCUCCGGCGACCCAAGAACCCGGUCGCCUACCUCCGCCUCGGCACCCCGGCCUCGUCCCCGCUUCUCCCGCCGCCGCCCCGGGAACCGCGGAGGACGCCCGUGUCGAGGCUCCUCACGUGGGGCCGCCGCCUGACCAGCAAGACCAAGUGCCUCUGCUCCGCGAAGCCCGGGUCGGGCUACCUGCCCGUGGGCAAAGACCCGCAGCCCGCCUCGGCGGCGGCGGCGGUGCCCAAGGGGCACCUCGCGGUCUACGUCGGCCAGAAGGACGCCGACUUCUGCCGGGUCCUGGUGCCGGUGAUCUACUUCAACCAUCCCCUGUUCGGGGAGCUCCUGAGGGAGGCCGAAGAGGAGUUCGGCUACGACCACCCGGGCGGGAUCACGAUCCCCUGCGGCGUAUCGGAAUUCGAGCGGGUCAAGACCAAGAUCGCCGCCGGUGGCGGCGGCGGUCGCGGCGGUGCGAGGAUGGCGCUGAAGCGGUGUUACUGACGAGCAACGCCAUCAUGCGCACAGAUGAAUCGAGGCGUCCGAUCAUUUCGAUAUGCGCCGAUUGUAGACUAGACGAUGAUGAAAAAGAUAGAGAUUAUUAUCAUUCUUCCUUCAUACAAUAUUGUAGCAGUACUAGUACCUGAACUACUUUCAUACAUGUGAAUAUAGUCAAAGUUUUGUUCAUCUUC